ACACACAUGUACUCUUGUACACUUUCUUAUUUUCUAUUUCAUGUGCCGCUCACACAAGUUAUUUUCUAAUUCGCGUGAACCGUUAUUUCACCUCGAAGUGAUUCGUUCUCAUUCCAUCUUCCAUCGCUUCUACACAGCAUGUUACUAUCAUAUAGUUUCAACGUACUGCUUAUGAGAUAUAUUGAAAAUGUUUCAAUUGAGUAUUAUUGAUGCCAUUUUUAUACAAUUUGCUUUGGUCAUUGUAAUUUUUGGCAAUUUGUUACAUUUAUUAGAGCCCUAUGUGCCUGUUUGUAUAAGGCAAGGUUUUCGGUAUGGAAAAUUCGGAUACAAUGGAAAUGCUUGUGCAUGGGUUUCUUGGAUCGAAAUACCGAAGUCAUACUUCAAGCAUUUUUAUAUCUCGUCAACAUUUUGCUCGUUUUUUGCUCUCUGUAUUGCAAUGUAUGUUUAUUGUUUUAAUGGAGUGACUCCAGAAUGGUUCCUGGGAUUUUUAAAUUUUUGGUGCUGUUCUGAAAGAGUUGCCACAGUUUCGAGGACAUCUACAUUUUUUGCAUUACUACUUCUGUACCUGCAAUGUUUGCGGAGAUUAUAUGAAACCCAUUGUAUUCAAGUUUUUAGUCCAAUGGGCAAAAUGAAUAUUUCUCAUUAUAUUGUUGGCCAUUUUCAUUACUUUGGGGCAGUCCUAGCUAUUUUAAGCAGAGCUAGUGGAUUCACCAAAUAUGAUUUAGAAAGAAAUACUACUACCGCAAUUGAUGUCACAUUUAAUAUUGCAAUUGCUGGAUUGUUUCUAUAUGCUUGGAUUAACCAAUUCAGAGCGAAUAUCACUUUAGCUAACUUGCGGAAAGAUAAAAAUUCUGGAUGUGUUGUAACUCACAAACAUGUUGUUCCAAAUGGAGGAUGGUUUGAAGUUGUUUCAUCGCCGCAUAUGUUUUUUGAAGUAUUGAUGUAUAUAUCUCUUGGUAUAAUUUUGCACAAUAACCUCUCGUGGUGGUUUGUAAUGGCUUGGGUUUUGUCAAAUCAGACAUCAUCAGGCGUUUUUGCACAUCAAUGGUACAAAGAAAAAUUCAAUGAUUAUCCAAAGGUUAGGAAAGCUAUUUAUCCCUAUGUUUUAUAAGAAAAAUUAUAUAAAAGAACAAACACUUAAAAUGCAUGACU